UGUAUUUCAUCAGAAGAUGGCCCCAAAAGUGAAAACACGCAAUGAGGAUAUUGAACAGGAUGAAUUUCUACAAGCUGUAGUGAUUGCUGACAGUUUUAAUAUCAGAUUUGGUCCCAUAACAACAAAAAAACCAAGGGCAUUGUUACCCUUAGUUAAUGUACCUCUGUUGGACUACACACUUGAGGCUCUGUCAAUUUCUGGAGUGAAAGAUGUCUAUGUGUUCUGUUGCCACCUUGGAGAGCAAGUUCGAGAACACAUUAGAAAAUCUAAAUGGCAAGAUGGGGGAACCCCCAUGAAAGUAACAGCUUUGAUGUUAGAUUCCUGCAGAUCUAUGGGGGAUGUUCUCAGAGAAAUAGAUGCUAAGUCUCUUAUACGCAAUGAUUUCAUUCUAAUCACUGGGGAUGUGGUGUCUAAUAUGGAUAUUAGUCAAGUUGUUAAAGAGCAUAAGGAUCGGAUUCAUGGAAAAGAUAAAUCAUCAGUUAUGACAAUGGUGUUUAAGGUAGCACAGCCAGGCCACAGGUCACGCAGUAAAGAAGAUGAUGUGCUUAUUGUGGAAGAAGGAGAAACCAAACGCCUUCUUUACUUUGAUAGGACUAGUAACCAAAGCAAGUUUAAAAAGCCAGCUGAAAUUGCAUUGAAGCAUAACAAUGUUAUUCUCCACAAUGACCUGAUGGACUGUCACAUAUCCAUCUGUUCCCGCAUUGUCCCAACACUUUUUACAGACAAUUUUGACUACCAGACCCGAGAAAAUUUUGUUAAAGGCAUUCUUAUUAAUGAAGAGAUAAUGGGAUUUAAAAUACAUAUGAGCAUCAUACAUGACAAGUAUGCUGUCCGUGUCUCCAACAUUCAAACAUAUGAUGCUGUCAGUAAAGACAUUUUGGCCAGGUGGUCGUAUCCUCUUGUCCCAGAUAUAUUUGGCUCUAGUCAUGGCGAGAGAAUAAAGUAUGGCAGACGUCAUGUUUAUCUCAGUGAGAAUGUCACACUCGCCAGAGGUUGUAAUUUACAAAAAGAUGUUGUUGUUGGGAGUGGCACUGAGAUUGGCUGUGGGUCAGAAAUAUCAGAUUGUAUUAUUGGGAAAAAUUGUAAAAUAGGUGAAAAUGUGAAACUAAAGAACAGUUUUCUCUGGGAUAAUGUGACAGUUGGGAAUGAUUGUGUUAUUGAUACUGCCCUGUUGUGUUCACAUGUCCAAGUACUUAACAAUGUCAAGACAGGGAAAGGAGUUGUGCUAUCAUGGGAGGUUGUGGUUGGGCCCAAUGUAACAGUUGCUCAAGGUACACGACUGAUGUCAGAACCCCAGAAGGAUGACUGGGAUGAUCCCAAUCUCUCAUUUGGUGCAGAUGAUGCAGUUAGUGAAAAGUCUUUGGAUGCCACUGUUGUAGACAGUCAUGAUCCCAUCAAAUAUGGUGCCAACAGCAAAGCUUAUGAAUACAAACAAAAUGUAGAUAGUGACGAUGAUGAAAUGGAAGGAGUUUGUUUAGACAAAGCUUGGGGUGUUUCAUCUUCUGAAUCUGAGGAACAGGUUUCAGAUGAGGAUAGUGAUGGCAGCUCAAUGGAUGAGAUGGCUAGUGAUGAGGACGAGAUAGAUGGGAGGUCUCUGGGCUAUGAUGAGGAGGAUGGGGAGGAUAUGGUGGACUCCACCUUAGGCUUUAACCUUAAAGCCUCCAUGAUGGAGAGAAACACAGCAUUCUACCAAGAACUGAUGGACACUUUUGUACGUGCCAACUCUGAAAAAAUAACUGAUGAUAAUUUGACCCUUGAAAUAAACUCCCUCAAGCAUGCAUACACAGUUCCCAUUGAAGAAGUCGUGCAUAGCCUCCCUUGUAUACUGAUUGAUUUGGCUGCUCAUGAGUUGAAUGCCGGCCAUGAAGUGAGGACACCUGUUACAGCAUCCGCACAGUUGUUAACAAAGUACCAAAAGAACAUUGACCGCUACUCUACACUGCUGUGCAAAUACAUUAAAAAUAAUGAAACACAACUUGCUGCUCUAAAUGGAUUAGGUGAUUAUGUUCUACGCAAUAGUGACUUACGAUCUAAACUUCCUCAACUAGUCAAUUUUCUGUAUGAUGCUGAUAUUUUGUCAGAGUCAGCAGUCUUAAAAUGGUACAACUCAACGCCAUUCACACCUGACAAAGCUCAGAGACAUGCAUUCUUGAAAAAUUUGAUGCAAAAAUUUGUUGACUGGUUGAAGAAUGCAGAGGAAGAAUCUAGUGACUCAGAUGAGGAGUGACCAGAUGUCUUUACUAGUUGUGAUUGUACUUGUGAUUGAUGACGUAUUAUUUUAAACCUGGUCUGUUAUUGUAAAACUGAAUAAAUCAUAUUGUAUAUUA